GUCGGCACAUGCAGUGCUCCUCCUUCAUACUCUCGAACUGCCGCAACCUUGGGAUCAUCCUUUGCAAACGUCCAAAAUAUGUCUUUCUCACGGCCAUCGAGAGAUUUGCUGCUUCUGUCGCGUCAAUUGACCCGGCCGGGGUUCAGGGCACCCCGCCUCCCGCGAUCCGCCCGUACCGUUGCGACCUUCACGCCGCCGCACCAGGCGAGCGCCAUCUCCCGAAUCCAGACCAAUGUCGAUCCGACAUCCGAGGAGUACAAGGAGAACGAGAAGCACAUGGGGGAUGUGAUGAAGAAGAUGCAGGACUUGACCCGGAAGGUGCACCUGGGUGGCUCAGCAAAGGCGAGGGAAAAGCACCUGGCGAGGAAGAAGAUGCUGCCGCGCGACCGAGUUACUGCAUUGAUUGACCCUGGCACGACGUUCUUGGAGCUGUCGCCGCUGGCCGCCCAUGAGCUUUACCCCGAGGCUGAUGUUCCCGCGGGAGGCAUCAUAACAGGUGUUGGUGUCGUCGAGGGCGUAACGUGUGUGAUCGUGGCCAACGACAGUACAGUAAAGGGCGGAACGUACUAUCCAAUUACCGUCAAGAAGCAUCUGAGAGCACAAGCCGUGGCCCAGGAGAACAAGCUGCCUUGUAUCUACAUGGUUGACAGCGGUGGUGCUAACCUACCACACCAGGCGGACGUGUUUCCGGAUCGCGACCACUUUGGACGCAUCUUCUACAAUCAAGCAAGGAUGAGCUCCAUGGGGAUUCCCCAGAUUUCAGUCGUAAUGGGUCCGUGCACUGCGGGUGGUGCUUAUGUGCCGGCAAUGAGUGACGAGAGCAUCAUUGUCGAGAACCAGGGCCAUAUCUUCCUCGCUGGUCCGCCACUUGUCAAAGCUGCCACUGGCGAGGUGAUUAGUGCGGAGGAGCUGGGAGGCGGCAAGAUGCACUCAUCUGUUUCAGGAGUGACGGAUUAUCUGGCAGUCGACGAUGCUCAUGCUAUUACACUUGCAAGGCGGAGCAUCAGCAACUUGAACUGGCCUACAAAAUCACCUUCAACAGCGGCGCCCGUGAAGGACUACGCCGAGCCUCUAUACUCGCCGGACGAGCUUUUGGGUAUCGCCAGCACCAACCUCCGGAAGCCCCUGCCUAUCAAGGAGGUCAUUGCUCGCAUUGUCGACGGAUCCGAAUUCUCCGAGUUCAAGCGUGACUUCGGUUCAACCCUGGUCACCGGAUUUGCCCAUAUCCAUGGUUACAAGGUUGGUAUUGUGGCCAACGAUGGUAUCUUGUUUGCCGAAUCCUCUGUGAAGGGCGCACACUUCAUUGAACUCUGUGCUCAACGAGGCAUCCCGCUAGUCUUCCUCCAGAACAUAUCCGGCUUCAUGGUUGGCUCCGCCGCCGAGCGUGGUGGCAUCGCCAAGCACGGCGCGAAGCUUGUUACUGCAGUUGCAUGCGCCGAUGUUCCCAAGUUUACCGUUGUUGUCGGAGGCAGCUAUGGUGCCGGCAACUACGGAAUGUGCGGUCGAGCUUACAGCCCCCGUUUCUUGUGGAUGUGGCCGAACUCACGCAUUGGUGUCAUGGGCGGUGAGCAGCUUGCUGCUGUUAUGGAGACUGUUGGCAAGGCCGAUCCCGAACUAAAGGAGAGGAUAGAACGGGAAAGCGACGCAACAUACUCGUCAGCCAGAUUAUGGGUCAGUCAUUGCGGUUCACACGCCACACAAAUUUUGCUAACCAUGCUCAUAGGACGACGGCAUUAUCCCUCCCCAGCACACCCGUCAAUAUUUGGGCCUAGGCCUGAGAGCAGCAAUGUCAGGCCGAAAUGAAGUCAAGGCCGGUGAUACCAAGUUUGGUGUGUUCCGAAUGUAAAGAGCGUAGAUUUUGGUCAUUUAGAAACGGGAGCGCAAAACAAGCUAUUUACUAUUAUUGCCUUCUGAACUUCGACACCUCUCCGUACAGUGUCUCCUAAGCUUGGCGAUAUAAUAGGUAAUCGGUA